AUUCGGGGCAGUUAACCGUUUGUCCCGAUGACAGAGACCCCGCCGGGACAGGCAGGUAAGCAGCUUUGAAGAGAAAGGAAAGCGACUCUUCUCAACCCUAAUGGGAAGAAACAUGCACCCGCAAGCUUUUAGCGCUCUAUUCGCGCCCUUCGCUAUUUUGAUGUCUACCUGGGUCAACUGAUUCUUGUGCUAGGGUUGCGGGUUAAGGUUCCGACGGGGUGACAUGGACAAUGAUGCGGCGCUCCGCACCUCCUUGGUGGCGCUUGCGGCGCUAAUGGCAGUGGUCGGUCUUUGUUCCUUCUCGCUGAAGAAGGUGCUUGCUACCUACGCUUAUGGCAUCCUCGGCAUCGCCGUUCUGUUGUUGCCAGAUUGGGAGUUUUUUGAUCGAGAUUUCUCCCAGUGGUUCACUCCCAUGACAGUGCCUCCAGGGCCCGGCGCAAAUCGGAUUGUUAGGUCCGGAGCCGGAAGGUUCAAGUUUUACCCUUUGAGGGUUGCAGUGCUUUCUGCAAUCUAUUGCUUUGGUCUGUACAAGUGGUGGAUGUUCGUAUCAAGCUGAGGAGAAAUUAUUCUGUGGAAUCUGGAUGAGAAGAAUUGUCCGAACUAUGAGUGUAAUACAUACUGUGUAUACAGUGUGUACACAUACAUGUGCGGAUGCUUAUUCCCAUCCAGACUCUGAACAGAAUAAUUUCUCCAAGCUAAGCUGCUUUGACUGCUUUUUCUUAGUUUUAUUUCAUCGCCAUUAUUCUGCAACUUACGAUGUUCUAUUGCCUUUAAAAGGAAAUUAUAUAACAAAUCUUGCCUUGUGAAUAUAAUUUUCACUGUUCUAUCUUUUGACUUAAUUGAUGACUAGUGUUUAAUGUCGUCAUUAUGGUAAUACAGCAAUUGAUGCUCUUCUCCAGAA